AUGGAGAGCCUCAGACAAAGGGUAGAAAUAACUUUUACUAGCAUAACCAGACAGAUUCUUAAAGGACUUGAUUUUCUUCAUUCAAGAAAAAUUAUACAUCAUGAUAUAAAACCCAGCAAUGUUGUGCUAAUGAUAACCAAAGUUGUACUGGUAGAUUUCGGACUGAGCGUGCAGAUGACUGAAGAUAUUUACAUUCCAAGGGAUCUUCGGGGAACAGAGAUUUAUAUGAGCCCUGAAGUUGUCCUUUGCCGAGGACAUUCACCCAAACCUGAUAUCUACAGUGUUGGUGCUACCAUAAUCCACAUGCAGACAGGCAGCCCACUUUGGGUGAAGAGAUUCCCGCGCUCAUCUUAUCCAUCGUAUCUGUACAUUAUUCACAAGAUGGCACCACCUUUAGAAUACAUUGCUAAAGACAGUAGUCCAGCCAUUAGGCAGUGUAUUCAUCUGGCAAUGGAAAGGAAUCUAAAGCAUUGGCCUACAGCAGCAGAGUUAUUGAAACAUGAAGCUUUAAACCCUCCUCGUGAUGAACAACCAAGGUGCCAGAGCUUAGACUCUGCUCUUCUUGAAAGGAAGAAAACAGUAUUGACUAAGGAAUUAAACCUACCUGAAAAUAUAUGUGAUUCUUCAUUAUGCAUCAGCGAAGACUCGGUGAUGAUGAAAAAUAAAUGCUCGCUGUAUAUAGAUGUGGGAGCCAUAGCAGGCUAUUUCAACAUUGUACGAGGGCCACCAAUGACUGAAUAUGGCUAGUGGCAGUGAAGCCUUUCACAGUCUAAAAUACAAACAUUUGCCAUAAAACUGUUAGACUGUAAGGUCUUGCUGGCUUAAGGGCA